ACUACUCAGAAUAGUAUUAGGAUUCAUUAUUUACACUAUAAAUAAACAGAGUUAUUCAUUCUUAUUUGCAAAACAGAAAAGAACCAAUAGGAUCAAAAUGUGUUGUUCAUUUUCAAUUUCAAUGUGGUCAACAAGAAUAGUAAUAGUUUUGUUUGUUUUUGUUGUUAGUAGUAAUUUUUGUAAUGGAGGAUACACAGGUGUUUAUGUGAGAAACCCCUUACCCUCCAUGGAUAUGCCACUAGAAACUUUGCCUCCUCCUUCUGGGUUCAAUGCACCAGAACAGGUUCAUAUAACACAAGGAGAUCAACAAGGGAGGAGUGUCAUCAUUUCAUGGGUCACACCAUUAAGAGGUUACCCUUAUGUUAAGUAUUGGGAACAAGGUCACCACCACAAUGAUCACAAUCACAAUCACAAGCACAUGGCUCGUGCCAUUACCACUUCUUACACUUAUUACAAUUACACUUCUGGCUUCAUUCACCAUGCUACCAUUAAAAGAUUGAAGUAUGACACUCUCUACAGUUAUGAGCUAGGAUAUGGCUCUGUCACUCGUCGUUUCUCCUUCAAAACUCCUCCUCCACUAGGCCCUGACGUUCCAUACACAUUUGGGGUUAUUGGUGAUUUGGGACAAACAUAUGACUCCAACCAAACAUUGGAACACUAUGUGUCAAACCCCAAAGGACAAACAAUGUUGUUCGUUGGAGAUCUUUCGUACGCAGACCAUUAUGAGUUUCAUGACAACAGGAGGUGGGAUACAUGGGCUCGAUUCGUCGAAAAGAGUACUGCUUAUCAGCCAUGGAUUUGGACAGCAGGAAACCAUGAACUCGAUUUGGCAUCUGAGAUUGGAGAAAAUGUGCCUUUUAAGCCAUACAUGCAUAGGUAUCAUGUACCUCAUAAGGCUGCAGAGAGUACUUCCCCACUUUGGUAUUCAAUUAAGCGUGCAUCGGCACACAUAAUUGUCCUCUCUUCUUACUCUGCCUAUGGCAAAUAUACUCUACAAUACAAUUGGCUUGAGAAAGAGUUUCAAAAGGUUGACAGAUCAGUGACUCCAUGGCUUAUUGUUUUGGUUCAUUCUCCUUGGUACAACAGCAACACUUAUCAUUACAUGGAAGGAGAAAGCAUGAGAGUUAUGUUUGAACCUUGGUUUGUUCAAAACAAAGUCGACAUUGUCUUUGCUGGUCAUGUUCACUCCUAUGAGCGUUCUGAGAGAAUAUCAAACAUUCAGUACAACAUAGUUAAUGGACUUAGUACCCCAGUUAAGGAUCCUUCUGCACCAAUUUACAUAACUAUUGGCGACGGUGGGAAUAUUGAAGGCGCUGCAAGCAAUUUUACUGAGCCACAACCAAGUUACUCAGCAUACAGAGAAGCAAGCUUUGGGCAUGCCAUUCUUGACAUAAAAAAUAGAACACAUGCUUACUAUACAUGGCAUCGAAACCAAGAUAGUGAGGCAGUUGCUGCUGAUUCUCUAUGGAUAUAUAACAGACACUAUUUUCCAGUGGAGGAGAACACAACUUCUACUAUGGUUUAGGUUUAUUGUUUAGGUCUUGUCUUUCUUUUUAAGAUAACUAUUAUUUAGAUUUUAAGAUAAACUUAGAUGGUAAUAUUAAGUAGUACUAUUUUUCUUUAUCCUAUUUUUUUAUUUAAUUCUUAUUAUAAUUAUUAAUUUGUUAUUAAAUGUCAUCAAAAUUCAU